AACCAGGUGGCAGCACUAGCAGCUUGGUGUGCGCUGCGUUGAAAUUAUUUUUUUUUGUUGGCACCGGCUUUUCCAUCCCAAUAUCCCGACAUGGAUCUGAUGGAGCUGCUGAAGCAGGCCCAGCGCCUGACGAACGAGACUAAUACGGACACGGAGGUGCCGGGCGUGGAACGGACCAUGUCCCAGGUUCUGCAGGCCACCAAGGAGUUUCACUCGCGUGUCACUCAAAUGGGCACCAAUGAUCUGCAGGCCCACAUACUGCUCGGCUCUAAGGGCGUGGAUCUGCCCAAGCUCACGCAGAAGCUGGAGUCGCUCAGCGCCCGCCAAACCUUCGAGCCAAUUGAUCCGGUGGCGGAGACCAAUGUGCAGGCCUAUCUGAAGAACGAGCGGGAGAACGCCAUACUGUCAGUUAUUGAUGAGACAAAUCGCAGUAUAUUUAAGUCUGUGGAGCGACAGAAGUGGCGUUGCGUCUAUUCGGAGUGGGGCGAGGAGAAGGAAGCGAUGCUGAACGCUCUGGUCGGACCGAACCAACAGGACUUCCCAGUCCAGUUUCAUAUGAUGCCCACGGCCAUGGCUGAUGAGCCCACUCCGUACUCCCAACUGAAUGGCCAAGAGCAGAUGUACGCUGAACAGAUCGCCAUCCACAACCGUUCAAACAUCCUGGGCAGACAAGGCCCUAACUUGCUGACGACCUUUGCCCAACUGGUCCAGGGCUCCUUUAACGAUGAGCCCGUAGCCGAGAUGUGGAACGUAUUGGAUUUUAUGACCGCGAUGCCGCCAGUCUCGAGCAGCAUCGAUCCAAUCAAGAAUCGUCAGACAUCACCGCAAUUCGUUGAUCAGGCCCGCACGUACUUGGAGCGCAGAUAUAGGACGUAUAUGAAAAAGUUUAUCAUUGCGAAUUUAGCCAAAGCGCGGCGGGGCGGAAUCCCCAACGUGUACAAUAUGGUCCGCUCUUAUGUGAGCGUUACUCUCCAGGAGCAGCGAGCCCUCUUCGGGCUGCACGACGUGAACAAUGGCCAGCCGUUGUGGCCACAUGUUUACUAUAGCUUGCGGAGUGGCGAUAUGGACGCGGCUGCGUUGUACCUCAAGGAAUCGGGAACCUGCCCCGACCUGCUUACGCUAUUGACGUUGCGGAAGAACGGCGAUAGGGACAACUUGUUGGUCAAGCUUGAGGGUCAGCUAAAGUUGGAGUACAACAGCAGACUGCGCUCCUGCUCGGAUCCCUACAAAAAGGCGGUAUACGUCGUAUUGUUGGCGUGUGAUCCGCUCUUUACUAACGCAGAACUGAUGCGCAGCAUCGAUGACUUCCUGUGGCUGCAACUGUGCAUUCUGCGCAGGGAGGACCAAAGCGAAAACAACCUCGAGCAGCUAACGUUCAGCGGCCUGCAAUCGCUCAUUUUGGAAAAGUACGGCGAGAACUACUUCAAUGCGCGCGAGAAGGCGCCGCUAUACUUCCAGGUGCUGACGCUUACCGGUCAAUUUGAGGCCGCCAUUGAAUUCCUCGCCCGCACCGAGAAAUAUCGAACGCACGCUAUCCACAUGGCCAUUGCCCUAAACGAGAUAUCCAUGCUGGGAACACCAAGUUCCGUGGAACAACCGCUUCUGAGCUCCGAACCGGACGACCCAAAACCCAUGAAGCGACUCAAUCUUGUGCGGCUGAUCGUCAUGUACGCCAAGUGCUUUGAGAGGACGGACACCAAGCAGGCGCUGGAGUACUAUUACCUGUUGCGCCACUUUAAAUCCGAGAAGGGCACUAACGUGAUGCUCACCUGCGUCUGCGAUCUGCUCGUUGAGAACUGCGACGACACCAUGCUAAAGCUGGUUUUCGGGACGGAGGAUAAGAAAAACUCCUUGCGCUAUGGCGGCAUAUAUGCGGAAUUCCAAAUGCAGGAAUGCGAUAAGUACUCCCUGGCCGAAAUGGUGGGCGAUGAGUUUACGAAACGCUGCGACUACGAUUCGGCCAUCGAGCUCUACUUUGUUGGUGGCCAGCUGGACAAGGCGCUGCGCUUGGUGAACGCGCUAUUGGCACAGGUGGUCCACCAACCAACGCAGAAUGGAAGCGUGCGUAACCGGCUGGGCAAUUUCAUCAAACGACUAGAUGCGGCGCUGACAGUGCGUAAAUCGGACUUAGAGCCUCAAGUGGUUGUCACAUAUACGGUGCUGUCACAGGUCAAGGAGUUCUUUGACCUCUAUCACAAAGGCGCAUUGCGUUCGGCAUUAGAAAUCCUGACCAACAAUCAUCUGAUACCCGCCAACUCAUCGGAAGUGGACGAGUGUGUGACGAACACAAAGCGCAUGGGUGCCGAGGUCAUCAAGGUGCUGCCCGAUAUCCUGCUGGCGGCCAUGGACAUUGUGUACCAGGAGUAUGUGAAGCUAAUGGACUCGAAUGAAAAAGCUUCCGGUUUCUUAGAUGAAAGCAAAUGCCUCAACAAGGAGCCCGCCGUGAAACAUUUGCGGGACAGGGCCAAGGCAUUCACCAACAUGGCUGCCAGCGUUCCAUACCGAAUGCCCUCGACCACCAACCAGCGGCUCGUUCAACUGGAGAUCCUAAUGCACUAACAUUAGCCAGACUAAUUGUACAUUUCAUUCAGUUGGCCUAAAAUGAAACUAAUGAUUUAUUAAUGAUUUAUUGAUGCCCACGUUUUAGGUAAUCAAUUAAAAUUUUGCAUUUUCGCUACUUAAUAUCCGAAAUACAUACCACAACAUGCCAUUAA